AUGGAAAACAUCGGUUUGGAUAAAGAGUCGUUGGAUGCUCUGCCUAUAGCUGAAUAUAAUUCACAGAAUAUGAAUGAAGAUCUCGAAUGUGUAGUGUGUCUCUCUAACUUUGAAGAGAGUGAAAAAAUUAGGGCUUUGCCCAACUGUAAUCACAGCUUUCAUAUAGAGUGCAUAAAUAUGUGGUUACAAUCCCACACUAAUUGUCCUAUUUGCAGACAAAGGGUGUCAUCGAAUCGAUCUCCUACAAUAAUGAGUUCAAGUAGAGGGAGAGAAGUCACUUCCUCAAAUAUUGAUGGUACAAGUGUGAGCGUUGUUCGUUUGCAUCUGGUGAGAGGGCAUAGAAGUUCUAGAGCAGUGCAACAGUCAAACAGAAUAAGUGUAUUAAUGUUAAUGAACGAGGCUUUGGCUCAUCAAGGAAUGUAUGCUGGAAGACCAGCGCUACACACUGCUAUUAACAUUGGACCUUACUAG